AUGAAUAAGUUGGAUAAGAUCCUGUUAGGUAAUACAAAUGUUGAAUUAAAACUAAUUGAGGAUAACAUGUCACUUGACAACCUCUAUUCACCUCCAGUGACAAGAGAAAAAAGAGUGAGAAGACUCUGGUAGAACGGAGAAAUCUGCUUCAAAUCUAAUGGGUUAGCUGCAACUUACCUCUACCGUGAAAACAGGCCCAAGGUUUUCAAACAUUCUAAUAUGAGCUGAAAGCACCAAUUUUUAUUUCAUGUUGCCUAAUUUUAAAAUGUUGACCUCUAAUUCAAAUGUAAAACACAGUGUGGACAAUCAUUGCCAAAAAAAGACAUCUGUGUGUUGAAUCCAGGUUAUAGGCCAUUGAUUUGCAGCCACUGCAUUAAGAGGCAGAACUUAGAGAAAUGGCAAUAAAAUUAAUUGAGGUCCAAAGAUCAUAUAAUCACAUAUUCUCUGUAUUAACCCUGAAAAAGUCAGGUUAGAAUUCCUGCUCUUGUGAUCUGGGUUCACAGUAAAAAAAUUUCCCCAGAGAGAUGUUGUUGUAGCCAAAUGCAAAACCGUAGUUCACACAGAUUGUGAAUCUUAAAAAUGUAACUCUCACAGACACUGUAUUAAUACACUUUUGUUCUAUCAUCCACAGAGUUCUACUGGAGAAAGUAUAUAUAUAUAUAUGGAAAUGGCCAAUGAUUCCACGUUGACAGAAUUUGUCCUGGUGGGGCUUUCUGCCCACCCAAGGGUGCAGAUAGUUUUGUUUGUGGUUGUUUUAUGUAUGUACCUGAUGAUCCUACUUGGAAAUGGAGUCCUUAUCUCAGUAAUCAUCUAUGAUUCUCACCUACACACCCCCAUGUAUUUCUUCCUCUGUAAUCUUUCUUUUCUGGACAUUUGCUACACAAGCUCUUCUGUCCCACUCAUUCUUGACAGCUUUCUGACAAUUAGAAAAAGGGUUUCCUUCUCUGGAUGCAUGGUGCAAAUGUUUCUCUCCUUUGCAAUGGGGGCCACAGAGUGUGUGCUUCUUGGCAUGAUGGCACUUGACCGCUAUGUAGCCAUUUGUUUCCCACUGAGGUACCCAGCCAUCAUGAACAAGGGUGCCUAUGUGCCCAUGGCAGCUGGAUCCUGGGUCUCUGGGCUUGCUGACUCAGUGGUACAGACAUCUCUUGCAAUGCAACUACCAUUCUGUGCUAAUAAUGCCAUUAACCAUUUUGUCUGUGAAAUCCUUGCUAUUCUGAAACUGGCUUGUGCUGAUAUUUCAAUCAAUGUGAUCAGCAUGGCAGGGUCAAACCUCAUUGUCUUGGUUAUUCCAGUGCUAGUAAUUUUCAUCUCUUACAUUUUUAUUGUUGCCACCAUCCUGAGGAUCCCUACCACUGAAGGAAAACAUAAGGCUUUCUCUACUUGCUCUGCCCACCUGACGGUGGUGGUUAUAUUCUAUGGAACCAUCUUCUUCAUGUAUGCAAAGCCUGAGUCUAAGACCUCUGUUGGUAUGGAUAAUAAAGACAUCAUUGAGGCCCUCAUCUCCCUCUUCUACGGAGUGCUGAUUCCCAUGCUCAAUCCUCUCAUCUACAGUUUGCGGAACAAGGAUGUAAAGGCUGCUGUGAAGAACAUGUUGGACAGAAAAUAAACUAAUUGGCAUUUUGUAAUGUGAACAUUCUUUACUUUCUGAUGGAAUAUGAAUGUGGACUUAUAUUGUGUGACUCAGUAUUCAGACCCACUGACGACACAAAAUUCAGAAAGAAAAUUACCGUGCGAAAACAAAUUCAUCCUAUGUCAUUCAAAACCAUAUGACAGAUAUUUUGGUUGCUGCUGUUACUAUUAGUUUUUUUGUCCUAACUGUGGAACUGAAGCAUGCUAUUGGUUUCAAAAUAUGCUUUUAUGGAAAUGCAAACUGUUAAAAUAAAAAAUAUCUCAGGGCCAGCGCUGUGGCAUAGCAGGUGAAGCCACCGCCUACAGUGCCAGCAUACCAUAUGAGUGCUGGAGACCCAGCUGCUCCACUUCUGAUCCAGCUCUCUGCUACUGCCUGGGAAAGCAGUGGAAUAUGGUCCAAGUCCUUGGGCCACUGCACCCACAUGGGAGACCCAGAGGAAGUUCCUGGUUCCUGGAUUCAGAUCAGCACAGCUGCACCAUUGCAGAUAUCUGGGGAGUAUACCAGUGGAUGGAAGACUCUCUCUCUCUCUUUCUCUCUCUGCUUCUUCCACUCUGUAACUCUGCCUUUCAAAUAAUAAAUAAAUAAAUCUAAAAAAAAUCUCUUAGCAAGCUCCAACAAGAAAGUACAUGAAUCACUCUUAAACAUUCAGAAAAUAAUAAAGACAAAAUUAUUCUGAAAAACAAUUAAUUAUA